AUGGAGGUGCUAUCCCUCUUGGAAGGGAUAAAUAGCAGCAUUCAUGAAGGUCGUAGUGCUGUUGGAAGGGAUGAAGCAGCAGCAUACUUCUGUCAACAGAAUGUAGCAGGGCUGGCCUGGGUUUCGCUGUUGCGUCUUACUCACGGAUCGGAGGCCAAAAGAAACGGCGCCCACAUGGCGGAAGUCCAUCUGAAAUCGACCGCCGGGGACGCCAUGGAGGUGGAGACCAGCAGCGCAGGGGAGAACGCCGCCGGGGUGGCCGGUCUGCUCCGCGGAUUCCUCGCCGUGCAGCAGCGCCGCGCCGUGGCCUACUCCAAGCUCCGAAGGGGUUUUUCUGAAUACAUGGCUACUGGAGGUGAAAUUGCUUACCAACAACUAUGUGGCAAUGUUACAGCAGAAUUCAAUGAUUGCUCAACAGAGAUUCUUGAAAUGGUGUCCCUGCUCUCAAAGCCACAUUUGUGCCGUGGCGAUCUUGCCAACUUACUGAAGGAUGUACAGGCACAUGAGAGAGAUAAAUUGCAGCUGACAGCGAGGAUUCAGGUACUGAAGAAAGCUGGCCGUCCUUCGGAACGCCUGGUAAAUCACGAUCAUUGCAGGUCAAGCAGCAUGGCCCAGCAUGUGUGUGCGAACCUGAAGGAGAUAACCGAGGCUUCCGGCACAGAGGACGCAGAGGCGGACGCUGAGUACGAUGCUGCUCUCAAGGAGGCCAUACAGGGCAUUCAAGAGGCGGUGACCAGCAUAAACGAGCACAUGGAGGAGGUGCGGUACGAGAUAGACGCCCUCGAGGCUGAGACGGUUGGCAGCAGCUUGGGUGAAGUCGAGGAAGCAUUCCCUGAUACUCUUUCGAUAAAGUAGAGGAGUGAUAUAUGCUGAAGUAUUAGGUCAUAGAAGGGUUUUAAACAAAGUUUGCUGCGAAGUGUAGUGGUUGGAGAAUUUAGCCCAACAGUGCCUGGUAGAAGUUGCAUCAAAUUCUACUGUAGGUUCACUCACAUUCUUAGCUGGGGGGAAAUGAAAUUGGAUGGCAUGAUUCUAGUGACAACAAACAAUGCUAGCUUGCUUAUUUUAUUUGGAGGAGAUGAUACGAAGAUAUUCCGAGUUGGUCUUA